AUGGCGGCAAUCCCCUAUUGGACAAGACUUCACAAACAUCUGAAUGAAAUUCUUGGAUGCUGGGCGACUACAUUUCCGAAUAUCGGCCUCAUUCUAUCGCUCAAGUUCCUUGGAGAAACCUUCGACUCGAACGUUUUCUUCAUAUUUCAAACGGGGCUAACAAUCAUGGUCUUCUCUGUCUACCUGAUUGUUUUAUUCUUGACGAUCCUGGCGAUUUGGAAAGGGCUUGUGUUGAUGUCCGACGAUAAAUCCGUUUACAUGGAUAAUAUUGGGAUUUCUGAUGAGAAGACCGAUUUGGAGAAGGGUGGACACGGUUCCGAUCACGAAUCGGUCCAUAAGCACUAG